GUCAUGGUUUGGUGGGGGCCAAAAAUCAUGAAAUCUCAUGAGCCACUGGAGAUGAAAAGAAUCAUGAUGGCUUACAACUUUGGUUGUGUAUUCUUAUCAUUUUACAUUGUUAAGGAGUGUGUUCUAUGUGGUUAUAUGGCAGGCUACAGAGUACAGUGUCAACCAGUAACAUACUCUUAUGAUGAGUGGGAAAUGAGGAUUGCAAAGGCCAUGUGGUGGUUUUACUUCUCUAAGUGCAUUGAAAUGCUUGAUACAUUCUUCUUCAUUGUACGGAAGAAGAACUCUCAGCUAAGCUUCCUACAUGUUUAUCAUCAUUCAAGUAUGUUCUUACUAUGGUGGAUUGGGGUCAAGUGGGUUGCAGGGGGCCAAUCUUGGUUUGGGGCGAUGAUGAAUUCCUUUGUUCAUUUUAUAAUGUACAGUUAUUAUUUCCUGGCAGCCUGUGGUCCCGCUUUCCACAAGUAUCUCUGGUGGAAAAAGUACCUUACACAGUUGCAACUGACACAAUUUGGUAUCGGUUUUGUACAUUGUUGUCAGUCAUUAUACUUUGAUUGUGACUUCCCGAAGUGGAUGCACUACGCUUUAUUAGUUUAUGCCACAAGUAUUACAUCACUAUUCCUCAAUUUCUACAUCCACGCUUACAUCAAGAGGGAGCGACUGCCCAAGUUGGAGAGCAUGACAUGUAUGAGGGCGUCUGCACAGGGAGACGCCAACGGUAAUAUCAGUGGAUCCGUCAAAACAGCUUGUAAUGGGGAUACAAAAGAUUCAGUUGUCAACAAUGGUCAUAUAGAAAAUAAGAAAUCAAAGUAAAGAGUUUUAGGAUUAUAAAGUUUUGCACACACAAGAGCAAUCGGCUUUUUGUCUAAGUUUAUUUGUAGCAGUGACAUAAGUAAGUAAAUUUGGUUUUAAUACAAUCACUACACGUUAUUGCCGACAGCUUUCAAUGAUGCUGAUUGGCUGGUCGACUAGCGACAGUGUAGGGAUUUUAAGGAAACCAUGCCUUACAGUACUCCAAUGUGCGGUAAUUGGACAGGACUAUGAUAUGUGUGCUGUGCCAAAUGCUGCCCCUAAAAUAUUUUAUAUUUUCUGCCACUGGUAUUAAAAAAUAAAAAAAUGUGUGUGAAGUAGUGUAUGAAAGAUUUCUGUUUACAUCUAGCAAACUAUGAAACGUGAACAUGUUUAUUCUAAUACAUGUAAGCAUAAGCUAGCAUUAAACAGGAAGUUUUAGUUAAUUGUACUCGGUUUAGGUUGUUCUCACACUAGCAAGUAUCAAACACAGUGCCGCAAGUGUUAAAAGAUUUUUUAAAAUGACCUCACAAGAGUGCAAUCUGCUAUACGCCAACUCUCACAAGUACAUUUUAUCUCGAAAAAAUAAAGUGCUCUUAUAUAAGCGCCAGACUUUGAUGUAAUAAUGCCAGUAUUUUUUUGUGAAUAGCACUGGCAUGAUUAGGCCAUCUAGCGUUUAGACAUUGCAUUACCAUUGCAAUCUUGAUUCUAAAGUUAUAUUUAGACUUUAGUUAUUUCCGGGUCAGUGUCUUUUGAACAGUAUUCACUUAGUUUGUAAAUAAAUGCUUAUUUAUCCACUACAUUCAAAUUUGUUGUAUUAAUUAGUCCAAAGUCUAUUUUUAUUCAGCUAAUAUUAGUACCACCAUAUUAGGAAUGCUAAUUUAGGGCACAAUCCCAGUCCACCAGCUGUUUUUGGCAGCUGUUAAUUGUAGAUAAUGUGCAAUUUUGUUUUUUAGAGUUGUUAGGCAGCUAUUUUAUACAGUAAACAUAAGAGUGAUAGAAACAUGAGUUAUGGAACCAACAGAAGCAAUUACUGCUAUUGGUCAAACAUGAACCAUGUUUAUGAUAAACAUUUCUUUUAAACAGAUAGUUCUAAUUUGUUGGAACAUCAAACAGUAUAAAUAAUAUAGGAUGUUGUUAGAUCUCUCGUCUUUGCAAUAGCCAAUCAUGAACAAACACAUAAAUUUACAUACUACAGGUAUAUAGACUGAACCUCCAGUGGCGGCACCAUAUUCUCCGACAAAAGCAUUAAGGUCCCAAAAGGAUUUAAAAGUAAGCACCUCUGGAUGCCUGGAAUGGCACUCUCAGGCUGUAAAAACGGGGAGUCAUCUUCUCCCAGACCCCACGCUAGCACCGGCACUGUGGUCUGUGUUAGGGAAGGUUGUAGAUGUCAUAUAAGUACUUUAGCACACUUUAUGUGGUGGUCUGGCAAAACCCUUGAUGUACAUCUGGAAAAAAAAUUCAUUAGGUUCACACUCACUUUACUUCCUAAAUUAUCUGGAUGUUCAAUCUUUUGUAGCAACGAUUCAAAACUCAUGUGUGAACUGUCCUAUACAUUCUUAAAGUAGUGAAUAAAUAUUAAAUUUUGUUAUUACAGUAAAUAA